CGAAAAUAAGCGUCGUGGUGGUGUUUGUCCAGUCUAGUCAACGGACUAAUUUGUGAUUCAAGAUGUGAAGAAGUUAGUUUAUAUUUCUUUUAUAUGUAGAAGAUGCUUUGCAUAGCCAAUCUGCAUAGCAUAUAUGUGACCAAAAUGACGAAUGCAAUGUAAUCAUUGAGCCCGUGAUGGCAUGUACAGGUAGUUCUAUUAGCGCCAGCUAAUCUGUAUCCCAGACAGCUGAAGAGUUUGUUCUAACAACGUUAAGUACCACACGACUUCUCAAUCUUAAACAAACGUUCAGUCUAUGCCCAGAAGAUGCACAAGGUCAUAUACGGGAUUGUAGUGUCGGUGUUUGCGCUUUGCAUCAUCUCAACCGUGCCACAGGCUGUAAACGAGACGGACUGGCCAUCAGACUUCAAUGACACCAACGUUAGCUCUACCGAGGAACCCUUCAUACCAUUUUCUCCAACGCAGCCUUUCGAAACGGUAUCCACUGAGAAUGUAACAGAGACCAGUGCACCAUACAGCACUACAGAAAGCACAAUCACGGAGAGUGCUACCACUCCUAGAGGUGCUACUACCACAAGCCCACAAGAGACAGAUACAGAUUGUGCAUGUGACAUCACCCCGGGAUUUUGUGACAUCGGCUGCUGCUGUGACAAUGUGGACUGUGAGAUAGACGACUUGAGCACAGUCUUCAGAGAUUGCCAAAGGAAAACAAGGCCACUGGGUGUGUGCGUUGAGAAGUGGUUGAUGUUUCGAGCAAAUGUGGACCCCGCCCUCGUCACAGUUACCGACACAUUAUUCUGUGUGAGAGAAGGAAAUGAUACAGAGAAAAUCCUUCCGGCUUUUUGGGAGCAGAAAGAAGUCCAGGUGUGGCCUACCUUUUCCCUGGAAGAGGACCCAACAGUGGCUCACCCGGCCAGAGAGUUCUAUAAGGUUGAUGAUGUGAUUCUUCUUCAGUAUAAGCGUAUCUCCAUGCUUGGCACGCUCAAACAGCCAUCACCAGGGAUAUCCUCAUCCCUCUGUGUCGACCGCAACCCUGCCAGGUUCAUGCAGUCCCUGUCUCAUUCGUGUGCUCGUGCUGUGAGCACCCAGUCCUGCUCAGCUGACUCUAGCCUGAGCGUGCGCUCUUAUUUUGAAGACAUCAGCCUCCUCAGGGUGCCUAUUCUGCAAACUGUGGACAUGACAGAUUUGCUGAUUCCAAUAGUUCCUGUGAUGGUAUGGCCCUCACCCAGUGAACAGAAUGGCACCUGCUUAAAUAUUGUGUCGAGGGUGGAGUAUGUUAUCGAGUUUACUCACGCUGGGGAAAUCACGAGCGCUACCUUGCGGGCUGAGUUCCUGAAUGCCAGCAUGGACGCACAAAUAUCACAACAGUUUGCUGUAACUUUUCAGUUGGCAACUCCCUCUCCGUCUCCUGCUCCUCUGCCAGCUAUGGGGCUGACGGCUGGAACUCCUGUGAUUGGCCGCUUCGGUCAUGAUGUCAAAGCUCUGACAACUCUAGCUCCUGCUGUUGCCUGCUCUGUUUCUACCCCCGCGACGGCUUCUCACCGGCCCAUACUCUUCACACACAACUCCAUCUCUGGCUGCUCCUUCAGGUCUGCCUCUGCCAACUGCACUGACCUCAGAUCAGAGUUGAUGAGCGUGCUGCUGGGCGUGGCGAUGCCCGACAUGGUGGCCAUGGCUGCUGGCCCCAAGCCGGAGUGGGCAGAGGUCCUCUCUGAAGACUGCCCAGCGUCACCAGCUGAGGACUCGUGUGAGACGGGCUGUCUUCUCCCUCGCUCCCUCUCCAUCCAGUUCCUAUGGGCCAGGAGAGGGCUGCUGUCCUACCCUCAGAGCUACAUACUCGGAGCCAAAUACCAGCUCGGCUGUCAGAAAACAAAGUGUCCCCUGAGGUCCCCUCUGAGCGUCACGUCUGAGGUGACCUUUUCGGAGACCACAGCCUACCCCGAGCCUCCCAGGGGAGUACCGCAGCCACACUGGAAAUUUCCAUUCGACUUCCCCACACGCGGACAGAAGGAGCUGGACGGGGUUCGGUGAUGAGGAGAAGGAGGAGGAGGAGGAGGAGGAGGAGGAGGACUGGACAGCAGAACGAUUCGUAUCUCUGUCUGCCCUUUGCAUUGAUGCAAUUACAGUAGAUGCGGCGCUCCAUCAUCGUGUUUAUGCUCUGGUGUAUUUUAAGUGGUUCAAAAAGACAGAGAAUGCGUCCACAUCAGUAGCACAGGUGCUGGACCAAACAGAAGAUCAUUGAAAGGAAAUCACAAGUCUGCAAGUCACUGUUUGAUGCUCCCAAACAAAAUUUAAUGGCACAACGUUUCAAAUUCUCAGCCUGAAGGACAGAGAGUCUGAAACGUUGUGCCAUUAAAUUUUGUUUGGGAGCAUCAAACAGUGUUGCGGACUUAUAUUUUCCUUUCAAUGUAUUUUAAGCAGUUACAGUCAGAUAUUGAGCACAAAGUAAAGGGUGAACUUCAGAAUAGGUAAAGCACAUGACUGUUGUUAUUACCGUUGAAUAACUAAAAGGAUAACCACAUUCCUUCAUUAGGAGGCUUGCGAUUUGUUAGCGUGCCCCUUAGAAGUGACAAAACACUCUUUUUGUAAUAUCCCUUGUAUCGGUUCUGUUUCACUAUUUCCACAGUUUUUGGCAUUUUGUAUUUUUUUAAUCUAAAAAAAAACAAAAAACAGAUUCACCUCACAGAGUUGUAUCUGGUGAUUAUUUUAGCAAUUCAUCAAAUAGAAUUGUAGACAUUAGUUAUUGAAUUAUGUUGAAUUAGACUGUGUGUACAUAGGUGUAAAUACAAGUAAAUUGUAACAAACUGAAAUAAA